CGCUGACUACCUAGACAGCAUCUGUGGGCAUCAUAUUGGUGUGUAGCUACCAGUUUCAAGGCGCCUUGAAAUACACGGAUACUUGCUUGUGAGUUCAAUAAACACUUAAGCGUUUAAAGCCCAAGAAUGCUGCACACUAGUAAGACGCACGAACAUGCCGUCGAAGGCAGCUAGGUUUUGAAACACAGCCAAUGACUGAUAAAAUGGCGGUGGAAAACAUCGGUGAAUCUCAGGAUGAGAAGGAAAUUCUUCUUAAGUCGGAGGAUAGCGGUGAGGUUGUUGAGAAAACAAAAGACAAAGAGUCCAAACUUAUUUUGUAUCAUUGGACUCAGUCAUUCAGCUCUCAGAAGGUGAGACUGGCAAUAGCUGAGAAGGGUCUUCGGUGUGAGGAGUAUGAUGUGAGUCUGCCUCUGAGCGAACACAAUGAGCCCUGGUUUAUGCGUCUGAACCCCACCGGAGAGGUUCCUGUGCUGGUUCACAAUGACAAUGUCAUCUGUGACCCCACACAAAUCAUGGACUAUUUGGAGCAGAACUUCUGUGAUGAGCACACUCCAAAGCUGAUCCCAGAAGAGGGAAGCACCUAUUAUCAUCGAGUUCAGCAUUACAGAGAGCUGCUGGACUCCCUGCAGAUGGAUGCGUACACCCAUGGCUGCAUCCUCCACCCAGAGAUCACCGUAGACUCCCACAUCCCAGCUUACGCCACCACCCACAUUCGCACACAGAUUUUAAACACAGAAUCCGAGCUUAAGAAACUAGCAGCGGAGAAUCCCGACCUUAAAGAUGCUUAUAUUGCAAAACAGAGACGUCUGAAAAGUAAAUUGUUUGACCAUGAUAACAUGAAAUAUCUGAAGAAACUCCUGGAUGAACUAGAGAAUGUUUUGGAUCAAGUCGAGACAGAGCUGCAGAGGAGGAUUGAGGAGACACCAGAAGAGGGCAGUCAGCAGGCUUGGCUUUGUGGUGAGUUCUUUAGCAUUGCUGAUGUCUCCCUCGCUGUCACUCUUCACCGCCUCAAGUUCCUGGGUCUGUCCCGUCGGUACUGGGGAAAUGGGACCCGGGUCAACCUGGAGACCUAUUACGAGCGUGUCCUGGACCGGCCAGCUUUCCGCAGAGUGCUUGGACAUGUCAAUAACAUCCUCAUAUCUGCUGUUCUACCCACUGCAUUCAGGGUGGCAAAGAAAAAGGCUCCAGCCUUUGUUGGUGCCACUUUAUUGGUUGGCUUGAUAGGGGGCGCCACUUACCUGGCUUUUACUUAUUUUAAAAGGAGAUUUCUAGUGUCUUGAAACAGCUAUUGGGACUCAUUUAACAUUGCUCUGUCUUGUAUAUGUUUAUUGUCACAUUUGGCUUAUAUAUACUGUAACAGUUUGAUGAUGGUUGCACAAGAAGCACUUUUUUGCCAUUAUAUGAAGCAAAGCAGUUUGAGAAAUAGCCACAAUGUAUCUUUCCAUUGAUAGGUUCAUUAAAUAGGCUUCAAUUCAUGCUGUAG